AACUGGUAGACAUAUUAAUGACGUAGGCCAAAGCAUACCUUACGAGAGAUAUCUGUUACAGUCUCCGGCAUUUAUAUACAAUUAUUUCAUACCAGAAUUCGUUUUUCACACGAACUAGCAGCAGUUGUAGUAUACCAAUGUACAGCUCCAGUCCACAAAGGUUUUAACUACCUUUAAGAUCCAUUAUGGCAGAGAGAAAACUACCACGAGGAUGGGGAAAGUAUGAGAGCAAGAGAUAUAGCCGGCAUUAUUAUUUUAAUGUUUAUACCAGGGAGAGCCAGUGGGUUCAUCCAAGCAGAUGUGCUCCCCGGGUACCAGGCAAAGGCCCACAUGAAAUACAGUGCUCUCAUUUACUUGUGAAACAUAAGUGCUCAAGAAGGCCAGUUUCUUGGAAGCAGGAGCCAAUUACACGCUCCAGAGAGGAGGCUCUAUGUUUAAUAAAGUACUUACGUCAAUGUAUUCAAUUAGGAAAGGCAUCAUUCUCAGAAAUGGCACAAAAAUAUUCAGACUGCCAUUCAGCAAAGACUGGUGGUUACCUGGGGAUCUUUCGUCGAGGUGUUAUGGAGAAAGCAUUUGAAAACAGUGCAUUUUCACUUAAAGUAGGUGAGAUCAGUGAACCGGUCUUUACCAAAUCAGGGAUCCAUCUGAUAUUACGUACUGCAUAA